AAUUACGGGCGCAUAACAUAUGGCGGGAGAAUUCACGUUAGAUUGUUUACAAAUAAAUAAUUACUAAAAAUGUCAUCGGCUCUUGACGUAUUAGAAGGGUUAGAGGAUGACAGUGGAGAUGAUACAGAGGCAAUGACUGCUGCUGAUGUUCUACAGAAAUUGGAGGAGGCAUGGUUGAAUGAAAAAUUUGCCCCGGAGUUACUUGAAACAAGGUCGGACUUGGUGGAAUGUAUGUUAGAACAAAUUACACAGAUGGAAGAGAACAUUAGACGGGCCAAGAAAGGUGACUUUAAAGUCAGCUUACAUAGUAUGGAGAUUGAUCGUAUACGAUAUAUUCUCAGCAGUUAUUUACGAUGCAGAUUACAAAAGAUUGAGCGUUAUACAUCUCAUAUUUUAGACGAGGCUGAGGACACAUUAAAGAAGGAUGAAGAUUCAACCAAACUUUCAGAUGAGGAACUUACAUUUGCUAGGGAGUAUGCUCAAAAUAUGGAGAGUCACCUGCAGAACCUUGCUCUUAGACAUAUGCCACAAAAUCUACAGUCACUGAACAGUAAACAGACAGCCUCAAGACCAAAUCUCGACAAGUAUGUUUUUCUGCGGGUCAAUGAGUCUACAGAUGGUGUUUUGGUUGAAGAGGAAACUUUAGAUACUGGUGAAGAGAUUGUUGAUUUAGAAAAAGGUGAUCAACAUAUCAUGCGAUACCGGCCAAUGAUGUCACUUGUCAAUUCUGGGGCAGUUUCUUUGAUAUGAGUUGACUGGCUACAUAGAUCUGAAAAAGAAAAUUGGAGGAUUACACAAACAAAUGGAAAGAUAAAACCACCUGGGAAGCUGGUACACACAUAAUGGAAACAUUGUUUAGAUAUGUAUGCACCUUGCCAACAGCUGUUCAGGAAAUUGCGCAAUGUCUGGAUCAUUUUUAGCAACAUUUUAGAUGGAAAAUAGUUAAAGAUGAUUCAUAGACUUUAUCUGGAAAAAGAUUUUUCUUGGAAAGGUUGUUUUGUCCUGAUAAAUUUGUUGUAUUAUCAUUAUUACUAUUAAAGCAGAACAUCUUA